AUGCAUCCAGGUCACUUCCAGAUUGAAGGGAAAUGGAACUCUAUCAAGCUUGGUGCCACCAACCGGGCUGUGAUCGAAGAGGGAGGCUCCUACAGGUGUUUCAUGUCCGCGAUUGAGCUCCUGAAAAAUGGCAACCUGAACGUCACCUACUUCCACAGAAAAAAUGGACAGUGCAUAAAGGAAUUCUACAUUGCAGAUAAGACUGCCAUCCCUGGUCGCUAUGAAUUUGAGUAUGAGGGCAAGAACUACCUGACUUUUGUGGCCGUCACAUCUGACUUUGCUGUGGUCGACACUGAAAACCAGAGUGACAGAGGCCAACUUGUGGUGGUAGAGCUCUAUGGCAGGGGCCUCUCUGUGGGGGAUGCUGGACAGAAGGCGUACAGCCAACACUCAGCUCGCAGAGGCAUCCCAGAGGAAAACAUCUUCGACCUCUCAAAGCUGGAGCACUGUAAGCACAUCCCCUAG